CUGAAUAGUCUUCUAGCGGCGCAAGAAAAUGAGCGGUUGCGUAAACUCCUAGAGCUCGACAGAUCGGACUUCGUUGGUAAGAAUGAUGAUCCAUAUAGAAAUGCUCUUGGAAGUGGAGUUGGUAACCGGACCGGGGGCCGCGGUCCGUCGCAAUUAUUCAGUAGAAGCUCGGCUCCUGCAGCUCGUUGUGCUGGGCCUGGUGGUCGUGGUCGCCUCUCUAGGACGAUGGCCACCCGCGGAUCUGGUGUUGGCUCGCUCACAGAAACCUUUGCAGCCAAUGCUCUUAAUCGGAAAAGUAAGGCAGUAGACUUCGACUUGAACAAUAACGCCAUUUGUCCUUUUGACGUAGCGCAGCAAAGAAGCGGAGGACAGGGACAGCAGGCGAGGCAGAAUGGGAACGUCGGAUCAAGAAAACAGAGCCAGCUUAACAAAGUUUCUGGAAGAACGAACAUUUCGGCGUUUGCUGUCAGGGCGGCAACGACAGAGGAUCAUGGCGACAAUCAGGAGGAGAACUUCGAGGAUCAACGCGAAGGGAAAACCGAACAAGGUGCAACGCAUUCACAUGCUAGUGCGGAACACGGUAGCGAUCCUGGAAAUUCGCCAGGAUCGGCAAGUCAUGAACGAAACCAUGCGAAUGAACACUGUUCUGCCUCAGAGCCAGACAGAAGUGAAGGAUAUCUUCACAGGAAAACAAGACGUCGACAUAGCAGACGAGACAGACAUAAGGAGGAAAAUGGGACGCAUGAGAGUAAAAGAGAGAACGGAGGGCAUGGUGCGCAUUUGGCAAAACAGCCGUACGAUGAAGCGUUUGCGAGCUAUCUUGCAAAGAAGCACAGCCUCCGAGAGUUUCUACUCAGAAACUGGCGGGAAGUGAAGGUACAAGACUAAGCCUUGUUCAGUGUCUAGCAAAAUGAAACUAUGACUGUUUCUGGUGUUAUAUUCUGAAUCUGAUUCAUCACUGCACCACCAACUCAACACUUUCCCAACCAUCAGGAAGCUGCGCGGACGUUCGACGUGGUGAAGUUGUCUAUGGCUUUGAGCAGUUGGACACCGCGCGGUGUCUUGUCACCCGAUGAGCUUGCGCAUUUAAUCGUGUUUUGCAUAGCUCAGCGACUGCGUACUUCUGACAACAGUCCAUCCGCACGUGCUCUGCAUAGCCGGAAACUCACGGAGAAGAGCCUGCAGCUACUUGACGCAAACCAGACUGGCGAAUUCCUCUUCGACCUCCUGAUGGAGCUCAGAGACGGCAACGUUUUUAUACCUCUCAAGAAGGGGGUCGGGAUGACCAACACCCAAUAUGAUCAUCAUGUCAGCAUGAUGAAGCACGAUGAGGCCGUGACCAAACGUCGCGGAAAGCAGAUGGGUGCCGUUUGUCAAGCUUGUUUUCGCCUGUUGGCUAAAUUCAGUGGUGAAGGGAUAGACAAAACCGUUCUCGACAUCUGGCAUCGCCGAGCAUUGGUCAUGCUUCACCAAAGCGGAAUUGAGGUGAAAAUGGGUUCAUUAUCUACAACCUCCCCACCACGAGCGGAGCAGCCAUUAUCAACCUUCGCUGGCGACGAGGGAAAAACAAUCGGUUCGAUAUCUUCAUCAGCAUCAGCACUCGCGAGUCCGCGACAAGAUGCGUUCCAAGAACAAAAUCAAGGAGAAUUGGGGCACGAUGCAUCGGGUUCGCCUUUAUCCGUAGGGAGGAUCAAAGUCGUUGAUCUCACAGAACUGAAUCCAGGAUCCACCGUACAAUUAUCAUCACCGAGAACCAGGCCGCAACAAGUUCACUUCUCCCCUAGAGACCGUAAGAAGUUGCGGCUGACAGCACCAACGCACGCUCCACCGAGAGCAUCUAGUCCAGUAGUGGACAAGCAACAAAUGGCUUCUCGUCACCCAAAUUUUACAAUAAGUAGUGGUUCUCGGCAGGAGCAAGACACCGGACCGAUAUCGCCUGUAAGAAUUUCAGACCAGCACUCCCACUACAAGGAUACAGGAGUCUUGCAAGCAGCACAUCAGCAUCUACCUCCAGCUACUUACUACGUCAAUGAGUUUGCAGCGCACUCGCUUCGUCGCAAAGACCUAAUGACAACGCGAGACGUGGAUAUUGCUGCGGUCAUGCGCUUAGAGCGAGACAUGCCAGCAGCAGGAAAGCGCGUUGAGCGGAGAACAGAGAACUUCCUAGACGACAUCGCUGUGAAGCGUGGUCCUGGAGGCUGCGGCCCACCUGGCGGCAUGAGCUAUUCGCAGUAUGGGAGGUACAUAUGCGGAGGUGAGAUGGAGGAGUUGAUGAUAGGAUUUGAAAAAGAAAAAGUUCGAAAUGCAAGAAGACCGGGAUGAGUAUUGGAUCAUUGAAGAAAGCCACAGCCACUUCUUCACCACUUGACGAAGUCGUUUAC